AUGAUGGAUUAUCUCGACGAAGAACGACAGGAAACGUACAACAAAUGUAAAUAUAUUGUUAAAUUGUGGGAACACGAAUUUAAAAAGGAACACAAGAGGAUUCCAUCUAAACUAGAUAUAAGAGAAGCAAACAGCAAGGUAAAAAACGCUUACAAAAAGUACUUUCAAUUAAAAUCUGUAAUAUUGGAUCAAAGUUUUAAAGACAUCGUAGAGUUUGAUGACCUAGACGAAGAAAUCGAAAAAAACAAAGAAUCUCCCAAGUUACAAUCACUCGAACAUACUGACAAUAUUAGCAAGUGUUCUGAAAAAAAAUUAUCACAAACCGAGGAAGAAAACAAAGUCCCCGAAAAUGUAUGGGGAGCGCAUUUGAAUCACCCGAAAGAAGAAACGAAACCUCAAGAACCGCAGGAAUUCAAACCCAGCAUCAAUUCGACCAUAUCCAAGAAACUGUUUUGCGGUUCCAAGUUCACGAAAAGAAACCCGAGGAAAUCCUUGUCGUUUUCGAGGAAGAGCAAAAGUUCUUCACAACAAUCUGUAUCGUUCGCCAGCUUCACUUCCGAAGAAGCCAUUAAUUUCGCGCAGGACGAAGACAAACCGGACAAAUUCAAAAUUCAUGAAGGCUUCCUGUCGCAACCGACCAAAGUAAUUCAAACGUUCUUCGAGGACGCUCGAUCGAAAUUGAAAACCGUCGACGCCGGUUGGUUGGACAGGGUGAGUGGAAUUACAACAAAAUCAAACACCAGCUUUGAAUAUACCACACGGCACACUGAGGUUACUAACGACGAUAGCGACGAUGUAAUCGAAAAUUCCGAUGACGAAGACACCUUAGUGUGCAGUCAAUUUAGUCAAAUAUCUAAAAGAAGAAAAAUCGAAACCUCCCCUGUAGUUUCGGCCACCGAUAUCGAACAAACGAAAGACGACACUCAAAUUAAAAACACUAACCAAGAAAGCGAAGUUAGCAACAAUUUGCAAUCGCCAAUAAUUAAUAAGGAGGAGGAUCAAUCGACUGAUUCAGAGAUUACAAAGAAAACGAGUAGUUCACAGAAAACUAGGAAACCGAAAGCAACUGCCAAGAAAACGAGACAUUCCAAAACAAAGAAAGACACAUCGGAAAAUGAAUUGGAAAUAUCCCCGAGAAGAUCCGCGAGGGGUAACAAAGUCAAAGCGAGCUUCAAGGAAUUCUCCAGCGAUGAAGAAUUGGAUCCUUUUCAUACAGAUUCCGAUAGAGAAGAUCCCGAAUUUCGGCUAGAUAACACAGAUUGCAAGACCGAUAGUCCAGAUGAAAAACUCCCCUUACCUCCAGUCAAGAAACCGAAGGGAAGAAAACCGAAACAAACGAGCAAAAGCAGACCGACAGAAGAAGAACAAGAAGAGGAACCGCACAAAUACGAUUUGGAAUUCUCAGUUAAACCUCGUACAGUCGUAUCCAGAUACGGAAGCGUCAAAAAUAUCCUAAAAACCAAAAACAAAGAGCUAAUCGGCAACACCGCCAAAGAGGAAGGAUUAGUCAAGGACAAGGAAGAGCAAGCCAGAGAAAAACUAGAACAAAAAAUAUCCUCCGGCACGCUCAACGACAACUUCGUCAAAAUCAACAUCAGAAAGAAGGUGUUUGUCAGAGGCAAGACGAGCGUGAAUUUCAAACGGUACAAAAAGACCCAAUGGAAGAAGGCCAAGGCGAAGGCCCUGGCGGGGCCCGACAUGGACAUGGGGGGCUGCGACGGCGGCAUGUUGACCUGCUUCAAUUGCGGACAGGUCGGUCACUUCGCCCAAGCCUGUCCGCACAACAAAGGCGACGCCCUGCUCCCCCUAAACGCCGCGGAAGAUGCAGAAGAAUGCCCUUUUCCUACGUUAGAAGAGGCCUCCAAAAUGGCUGAAGAAAGCCACUUGAACAUAAGAAAGUCCAAGUUGCCUUCUAACGAAGAUAAUCCCGGCGAAGAUCCAUUUAGCGACGAAGAUUCGGAAGAGUUACUGCUCGAAACUAUGAAACUCGAGGAGCACAUUAAGAAAUUAGACGUACAAGUCUAUAUGGACAGUACUAAAGAUGUAGAAAGCUAUUAUAAACUCGACGAUAAUGGUAGUGUAAUAGAUACUCCCCAGGAAGUUUUCCAGGCUUUGGAGAAGUUCGGGCACUCUUCGUUUAGGCACGGGCAAGAACGAGCCAUCAUGCGAAUUCUAUCCGGACAAUCGACUUUAGUGACCCUAAGCACAGGCUCCGGAAAGAGUUUGUGCUACCAAUUACCCGCCUAUCUCUAUUCGCAACGGGAACCCUGCAUCUCCCUGGUCAUCUCCCCGCUGGUCUCCCUCAUGGACGAUCAAGUCGUGGGCAUAGCCAAAUGCCUGAAGGCCGCCUGCCUGCACUCCAACCAAACCGGCGCCCAACGGAAGAAGAUCCUCGACGCCAUCGCCUUGGGCGAAUUGAACAUUCUGCUGGUCUCGCCGGAAGCGGUGGUGUCCGGCGAAAAACAGAGAGGAUUCGGCUCGUUCCUGAGAAAACUGCCGCCGAUAGCGUUCGCCUGCAUCGACGAGGCCCACUGCGUGUCCCAAUGGUCGCACAACUUCCGCCCGAGCUACCUCAUGAUCUGUCGCGUUCUCCGAGAAAGUUUAGGCGUGAAGACCAUCCUCGGGCUGACGGCCACCGCGACCGAGGCCACGCGGACCAGCAUCAUCCGGCACUUGGGCAUACCGGACGGGGAGCGCGGCGUGAUCAGCGACGUCCCGCUGCCCGACAACCUCGAAUUGACCGUUUCGAGGGACCCGAAUCGCGACCGCGCGCUGCUCGAUCUGCUGCUAUCGGAUCGAUUCAAGCGCUUCAACAGCAUCAUAAUCUACUGCACGAGGCGGUUGGAGUGCGAGCGGAUCGCGGCGUUCCUGCGCACCGCUUUGAAGAACGAGCAGCCCUUGCAGAAAGACAACAAGAAACGCAAGCGGGCCAGCAAUCAGGCGGAGCCUUAUCACGCCGGUCUGUCGGCCAGCCGAAGGAAGUCUAUACAAAACGCCUUCAUGUCGGGGCAAUUGAGAGUCGUGGUGGCUACCGUGGCGUUCGGAAUGGGCAUCAACAAGUCGGAUAUCAGAGCCGUGGUGCAUUACAACAUGCCCAGCAGCUUCGAGAGUUACGUGCAAGAGAUCGGUAGAGCCGGUCGGGACGGUUUGGAGGCGCAUUGCCACGUGUUUUUGGAUUCCUCGGGUAACGACAUAUACGAGUUACGCAGGCACAUCCAUUCGAGCUCGAUCGAUCGCCAGGUGAUCAGGAAACUGCUCGACAAAGUGUUCGUUCCGUGCGUGUGCAAGGAGAAGUGUCCCAAACACGAGGUGGCCUUUUCCAUCGAAGCGGCGAUUCGAGCUUUGGAUAUCCCCGAGGAGAACGUGUCGACGUUGCUGUGCUACCUCGAAUUGCACGCCAACAAGUACAUCGAAUUGCUGAGUCCGGCUUACACGACGUGCAAGAUCAUCUCCUACGCCGGCCCGUUGCAGAUCAGAAAGGCGGCCAAGGAUUGCCCGCCUUUGGCCAUGGCGUUGGCUUUGUACAAGGACAAGCAGGACAGCGGCGAGAACGUUUUGGAAUUCCCCGUGAUAGACGUGGCCGCUGCGAUGGGCUGGGAGAGCGGCAUAUGCAAAUUUAAAUUGAAGAAUCUCGAGUGGAUUACAGUGAAUAACCAGCAGAAACGGUCGACUUUGAGCGUGCAAUUCAGCGAUUUGGGCUUCAGGCUGUUGGCGCCGGGGAAUCUAUCGGGUGAUCAAUUAGACGAGGUACUGGACGUGCUCUACGAUCGAGUGGUGGAACAGGAAAAAACCGCUUUGCUGCAACUGAACGCCAUUCACGCGACGCUGCGCGAAGUCGCCCUGCCUUCGUUUCGAGCUUGCUUAGACGCUCCGAACGAUCGACGGAUCAAAUCGAAGGUCAGGGAGUAUUUCGAUUCGUCGGACUGUUUGAAGGCCUUCUCUCUAACGGAGUAUCCCGAAUUCGACGAGGACCGGCUCGCGGCCGACGUGAGAGCGAUCGUUUGCAUGUACAGAGACAACAAUUUCACGGCGAGAACCAUCGCGAGGAUAUUCCAGGGCAUCCAGAGCCCCAACUACCCGGCCGUCAUAUGGGGCAGGUGUAAAUUCUGGAGGAGCCACUUGGACAAGGAUUUUCACGUUAUCGUCAAAACGGCGAUAAAGGAAUUGAUCAAAAUGAGAUAA